AGAAAUGAAGGCUAUUCCACAAAAUUGUUUGGGUGACCCCAAACUUUUGAACGGUAGUGUAUGUGUGUAUGUAUGUGUGUAUACAUAUACAUGCAUAUAUACAUAUAUUAACAGUAAUUUAGCAAAUAGAUUAAUAAUAGUUUUGAGAAAAUAAUCUAACUGGAAAUGAAGCAAUAUGUUGCCGCACACGUCAGGAAGUAAGUUAGGAGCCUUUGUAGCCUGUUUUUCAAUAGUUUUUAUCAUAAUUUUUAUAUUAAAUAAUACAUCAUGAUAUAGAUCGUUGUCGCAGAAGGUUGCAAUAAAUAUGGCAAUAUAUAUUUUAGGCCAUAUUGCCCCUCCCGAUGGCACCAAACUGGGUAGAAAACAUGAUAUGGCAAAGACUGACAUUUCUGAGCCUCGUGCGAGCAGAAACAUUGAGAGCCUGUUUGUCUGGCCCUGCUCUGCGUGGGUGCUGGAACUGGAAGUUGCGGGGGUGUCCAUCUGUGUCCAACCCGGAGCAAAGGAGGGCAGACACAAUGGACAGAUUGAAGGAUGCUGAUGCGCACGGAGCGAGGGAGAGACAACUAGACGGUUGAAACAAUGUUUUCCGCUCAAAGUCAGCCCGCUUGUCGAAGACAAUCACCCUUCUGUCAGUGUAAAGGCAUGGGCGAGGUCGCCAGGGACGGGCACACCAAAACAUUCAGAAGGGGCUUUGGAAGUCAUGUCACCAAACGUUAGGAGCAGCAGGACUUUUGCAAAGUUCCGAAUAAUUUAGGAAAGAGUUAGUUUUUAGGAAGGAUGGGGACCUGCUGUAGCAGAGGCCGCAGCCAGGAGGAGGGCGUCCAAUCCGUUCCUGUCAAACACCUUCUUGUCCUGCCUAGGACGACUGAGAUGGUGUCAAACGUUGACCAUCAACUCUGUGACUUGAGUCACAACCAGAGGACCACCACCUUUUGCCAUCCUGUCUCUGGCCACGUUUCUCCCGACAACGUAGAUGUUUUCCACCUAAAAGAACAGCGGCAGAGUUCACGCAUGAUGUCCCAACCCGGUGGCGAGCACCUCUCCAGCACCGUCAGCGAGGAUUCCACCACCAUCACCACCUCCUCCACCGUGGACGUCACCUCCACGGCAAAGGGGUCUCGUUCCAGCAGGGUGCACAAUUUCGGCAAGCGUGAGCAGGCCAUUAAGAGGAAUCCCAAUGUGCCUGUUGUGGUCCGAGGAUGGCUGUACAAACAGGACAGCUCCGGGAUGCGUCUCUGGAAGAGGAAGUGGUUCGUCCUGGCGGAUUUCUGCCUCUUCUACUAUAAAGACAGCAGAGAGGAGGCGGUCCUGGGCAGCAUUCCUCUUCCCAGCUAUGUCAUUUCACCCGUGGGAGCGGAGGACCACAUCAGCCGCAAGUACGCCUUCAAGGCCAACCACACCGGCAUGCGCUCGUACAUUUACAAGCAGAGCUCUGUGAUUGGCUCCCAGGCGGAGCACACGGGGAUGCGGACCUACUACUUCAGCGCCGACACCCAGGAGGACAUGACCACCUGGCUGAGGGCCAUGAACCAGGCGGCGCACAUGCAGAACCCCGCCAGGCCGUCUGACACGCUGGAGCAUUUCAACGUGACGCAGCAGCAGAUGGUGUCACAGACCAACCACGUCAACCACCACAGAGCUCCAGACGGUCCGAGACCCGUGGUCCACGAGGUCCUCCUGGAGCCCAUACACCACGAGGCGGACUACAGCUUCCAACGAGACUCUCCGGCCGCCGCCGCCGCCGCGGAGAUGGACACCCACACUUCCCUCCCCUCCCACGCCGCGGCCUCCGCCUUCUCGCAGCCCGACCAGUCCUCUUCGUCUGCGCCCGUGUCCCGGGUGUCCUCGCGAGCGCCGUCGCGGGCCGCCUCCACGCUACCCCCCGGCGUCUGCACCAGGAAUGGCCUGGUGGAGACUCCCAGCCCCAUCUUGGAGCCUAACGGGAUCGCCGCAGGGACGUACCAGAGGGCGGCGGCCAACCCCGAGGGCAACGGGCACAAAGAAGUGCGGAGGAGAAGUACUCUGGAGCAGGUGGAGCACUGGGUGCAGGUGCAGAAGGCGGAACUCAAAGGUCCUCCAUCCAGGGACAACACGCUGCCGCGCCGCACGCCACCCUCCCAGCCCAAGUUCAGCACCCUGGACGCAUACCAGACCUUGCCAAAGACCCCUCGUCCCAGUCCCCCGCCGGCGCGACUAGGCGAGUACAAGUACGCCCACGACCGCCUGAGCCACUUCCGUCUCACGCCGGAGCUGAGCGGCCCGGGAUCGAACACGACCCUGCAGCUGUACGAGUGGCAGCAGCGCCAGCAGUACCGCCACGGCAGCCCCACCGCGCCUCUCUACACGCCGGCUCCGGACUACCCGUACGGCGCCCGGCCCCCCUCGGCCGCCAAGCACAACGGAUCGCCCCGCUGCGUGUCCGUACCGCCGUCGCCCGCCGAUAUGCAGCCGCCGGGCACCAGCAGGACCUUGUCGCCCGCUCGCCGCCCGCACACGCCGGCUGACCGGGUGACAGUAAGACCCCUGGGGGACGCCUCAAUGGUGGACACGCCCUUCACUGUUUCCCCCCGCAGGACCAAAUCUCAGCUCUUCAAGGCGUCCACCAUCGAGAGGCGCUCCCUGCCUCCGUCCAACUACAUCACGCACACUGUCAGUGCGCCUAGCCUGCACGGGAAAACGACGGACGACACGUACAUGCAGCUGAGGAAGGACCUGGAGUACCUGGACCUGAAGGUGGCGGGAAAACAGACGCUGACGGACCGUGGGCAGCCUGUGAAGGUGGCGGAGAGCGAUGUGGACGUGAAGCUGAGUCGUUUGUGUGAGCAAGACAAGAUCCUGAAGGACCUGGAGGUGCGGAUCAGCGCUCUGAAGCAGGACAAGGACAAGUUGGAGAGCGUGCUGGACGUGUCUCACCAGCAGAUGGAGCUGUACCAGGAGCAGCCUGCACAUUUCCACAAGAUCGCCUACCAGCAGAGACUCCUGCAGGAAGACCUGGUGUCCAUCAGGGCGCAGAUAUCGCGACUCUCUACGGAAAUGACGCACGCCUGGGAGGAUUACGGCUGGCUGGAAAGUUCAGUGGAGCAGCUGAGGGCGGCACUGCAGGCACACAUGAGCCACAGCGCCACCCCGCAUCAGGAGAAAGCCGAGAUGAAGCGCGAGCUGUGGAGGAUCGAGGACGUGAUGGCGGGACUCAGCGGCAGCAAAGCUAACUACAAAGUCACCGUCAACUCCGUGCACAACCCAGACAGGAAGUUAGUGCCUUCAGUGUCGGAGCCCAGCGUGCCUUCUUACAGCGCCGACCUCCAUCUUCCUCCUCGGAGUUCCCUCCCUCCCGUCUUGUCUCACACGCUGCCUCACAAGUGGGCGGAGGACGGCGCUCCACCCCGGCCGCCGCUCCCUCACCUCUACGACUACGAGGACACGCCCCCCGAGGUGCCGCCCCUCCCCCGGGAGGCGUCGGUCAUCCGCCACACGUCCGUGCGCGGCCUGAAGCGGCAGUCGGACGAGAGGAAGCGGGACCGUGAGGGCGGCCAGUACGUGGUCAAUGGCGACUUCAAGGGAGACUUGCGUUCUUUCCUGAGUGAACCGGAGCUGCCGGGCAUCGGUCACGCCGACACGGACGACCACUAUUUGGACACUCAAGGUAUUUCAUCAUCCACCACUUCCUCCCGCCCUUAUUUGGACUCGUCUCAUUCCUACGGCUCUUUUGCCGAUGGAGCAGCACGCCUGUCAGGCCCGUCGUGGCGACUCAACCAUUCGGACGCCGUCUCUUCUUUCGUGACCUUGAGGAGAGGCCCCGCCUCCUCUGUGGACAGGGAGAGACCUCGGAGUGCCUUGGAGUGUUUGUCCUCAGACGUCGUGCAUCAUUCGGGCGGGCGAAUGAGCGCUGACGAGCAGCUGGAGCGCAUGAAGCGCCACCAGAGGGCGCUGGUCCGCGAUCGCAAGAGGAACCUCAGCCCGGGCGAACGCUCCUCCGCCAGCGUCCCCGCCCGGCGAGCCCCCUCCUCUUUCUCCCCGUGGCCGCCCUCCGGCACCUCCGACCCGCCCGCCUCCUCCGUGUUUGAUUGGCGGGAGGAGAGGCAGGUGGCUGAGGGCCAAAGUGACGAAGGUGCGAGGGAGCGCGGGAGCGUGAAGGCCGCCACGCUGGUACGAGAGACGGACGUUGAACCUCUGGACUUCCACCUGGACAUCAGCAAGGAGCUGUGCAAACCUCAGAAGGUUUCCAUCCCCGAACGUUACGUGGAGUCAGACCCUGAGGAGCCCCUGAGCCCCGAGGAAAAGGAGGAGCGCAGACGCCGCGCGCAACGCAUCAAAGAGCUGCUCAGCAAGUCCAAUGUUCAGAACCUGCAGUCGGCACCUUUGGACCUGACUGAGCUGGACUCGGUUCUGCGGCAGCAGGAGAGGAUCAUGAACGCAUCACGGGCGCUGGCUUCUGAGGCGUCGCAAAAGAGCAAACUGGUGGCGGCUCAAGCUGCUGCUGCUGCUGUCAGCGACACUGCCACCUAGUCGAUACUGUAAAAGACAUUUCUUGUAUUGCAGUAAUUUGUAUGUUUUUUUUUAACCAAAUGCCAACUAAAAAGUUGUAAACCAUAAAAGCCAUUAGUGCUGAAAGGAAAAUUAUUAUUUCACUUCCUAAAAUAUUCAUUGUUCUUAUGGGUUUAAAUGCCAACAUGUAACGUGUGAAAGUCACUUUUUAACACGCUGGAGAACAAUUUUUUGUUGCUUUCAGGCUUUUAUGAAAUUGUUAAUCAGCCUGUAGCGCCCCCAAGUGGUCACAGCCUGUCUUUGCUACUGAGAUGACGAAUCAAGGAAAUGAGUACUGUCACUUUACGAAAGAAACACAAAAGUAAUAAAAAAAAUAUUGUGCAAAAACACUUUUUGUGUGGA